UUGGAAUGUAAACUUUGAUGACGUUUGGUUAUCUCCUGUUCCUGCUCCCUCUAAUUUUAGAAUAAGUGACAGCUUCAGAUAUUUUCCUUUGGCUUCCUUUUUGGUGUCCUGGGAAUGGUUUUCAUUGGUUGAAGCACAAUUGAAUAAAGCAAACAUGAAGUGGCAGCAUUAUCCUAAAAUGUAUUUUCAUCUGUUUAUAAUACUUGUGACUAUAGGUGGUCUCCUUGGAGCACCAGUGGAUGAGGACAUCCUGGAUCGAUUGAUAUCAGUAAAUACUUCAGAGGACCUGAAGUUGCUUUCCAGAAGUCAUUCUGUGCAUGAACUUUCAACUAAAUCUACAGUGAUGGAUAAUGGGAAACAGGAAUUGCUGCAUACUGAUCAAUCUCUAACUGCUACUGUGGGUUUAAGCAUUGACAACCGUGAAACUGGUAAUGCUUUGCAAAGUGAAGGAAUGGAAUCUGUAUCUGAAGAAACUUCCACCUCUAGCAAACACUUGCUUAACUUGGUAACUGUGCAGCCAACAGAAAUGAUAGCAUCAAGUCACACAUAUGCCAGGAACACACAGGCCAAGCAUCUUAAUCUGGUCUCUACAAAACCUCUCCUAUCCAAGUCUUCAAUUGGUUCAACAACUGAACUCUCCAGUGGAGACGAGAAACCAGCUUGGCAUGGAAGGCUGACUCCUACGAUUGCAUUUUCAACCCAGUCUCCAUUCUGGUAUAUGGGAUCUUCAUUACCUAGAGUACAAGAUUUACCAAGCUCCUCUGUUCUUGACAGUGCGCUCCCUUCUGACGAAAUGGAGUUGAGCACCAUCUCUUCAGAAGGUGCUGAGUCUAGUGCUUAUAAAUUGAUAUCAGCAGAACAGACAGUUGCACCUAGAUCAGAGUCCACAACUGAGUCAAUUCUUCAUGUGUUUAGCACAGAAUCUGAUGUUGUAGUUAAUGCAACCAGCAUGACCUCUGCUAUACUUAAGCAGCUGUCUACCUCUUGGUCUAUGGACUCCAGUGGGUCACCCAGUAGUGCACAGGGCAACCACUGGCAAGAUGUUUCAGAGGAUAUAUACUCCACAGCUUCCUCCUCUAUUGGGACCAGUUGGCCAUCUCCAGCUGUUUCUGAGGAUGUAUACUCCACAGCUGCUUCCUCCCCUAUUAGGACUCGUUGGCCAUCUCCAGCUGUUUCUGAGGAUGUAUACUCCACAGCUGAUGCUGCUUCCAUAGGGACCAGUUGGCCAUCUCCAGCUGUUUCAGAGGGUGAACACUGCAAUUCUGUAGCUACCACUUGGUCCUCUUGUACCUCUGCAGCAGAAUUUUCCACAGCACUGCCCUACACACAACUAUCUAUCAGCGAAGAAAUAGUCACAACUAAUGAGCUUCCUGGUGCCUCCGAGUACUUCUCCCUAACUUCAUCUAGCCCCAACUUUCAGCCUAGUGCUUCUGGAGCUUUAUCUGCUUCCAGCUACUGGGACCCAAACACUUUUGAGGAACUGUCCACUUCUGUAGACAAUACAAGCUAUGUGGCUCCUGAAACCAGUUCAAUUAUCGGCAGCUACACAAAACCCAGUGAAUCUGGCAUGCGGCUCUUUACAAUGGUGACAGCUGCUAGAAUGGAACCUGAAGUCAGCAGUUCAACAGAGUCCAGUAAAACUGCCUCGUAUACCCAUGUUUCGGUCAUCCGCAAUCCCCUUCUAUUGCAGUUUGACAUCCUGGAUCGAAACUAUACAGAUGAUUUGAGUAAUAAAUCUUCAGAAGCCUACAAAGAGUUGGAAAUAGUGGUGAAAGCAACUCUGGACCCCAUAUUUUCUGCACGCUACGGUGACAGCUUUCUUGAAACCAAGAUUCUUAAUUUUGCGAAUGGGUCAGUUAAAGUGAAGAGUGAGUUGGUCUUCCAGAAUGAUGCUGUUCUGCCAAGUAGUUCUGAUGUUGUUCGAACAGUGCUUACGCAUGUGUACCGCAAAGAUCUGGUUCCAACUGAUUUGGAGAUUGAUGCCAAUUCUGUUGUUUGCAAUGGUUAUAGUCUAGCAAACCUGGUGCCUGAGAGAAUGACCAUUGAAUUCACAGCUUUGAGCACAGGAUUUGGUCCAUGGUCUGAUGACUCAGCAUUUUAUCCAGAGCUGCUUGAGCAUCUGAAGAAUUUGGUUGUGGAAACCCUGGAGGAAAAGUAUCUGGUCCAAGAGUUCAAUAUUACAAGAUCCAUACGUCUCCAAGGAGAUGUGAACCUUCAGGCAACAGCACUGUUGAUCACUUCUGUACAUGUCGAUGAUGUUGAGGCUCUGCAAUUACUUAGCAACCUUGUUAACAAUUCUGUGGAUCUGAGAUCUCUGAAAGUAAAUGGGUCUGGUGUUAAUGUUGGAGUUCUUCCAAUUUCCUUUCUGAUCACCAACCGGAAAUACAAUUCUACUCUCAGAGAUUCACGAUCUGUGUAUUUUUGCAGCCUUGGCAAGGCUGUGACCCAAGCAUUGCAGAUGAUCCUGCAGCCAAACUAUGGCCACUUCAUGCAAGCUGUGAUUAAACAGUUUGGGAGAGGGUCGGUGUUUGUAACAAGUGAUCUGGUGUUUCUCAACAACCUGCCUACCAGUCAUGAGGUGUUGGAUUUAUUCUUCAACUCCAUUGAUUCCAGGAGUGUUUUGGCAGGGACUGACUUUGCAGUUGAUCCUUACUCAUUCUUUGUUGGAGGUGCAAGAUUGGAUCGGCCAUAUGAACGUAUCCACUUCCCAGGAUUUGGAAUUGCAAUCAUCCUGCUGUGUGGCUUGGCUAUCGUCUCUCUCCCAAUCCUGGCUUUUCUCUGCUGGAAAUAUAGGUUCUGUGCGGCUUGUCAGAAGAGCUUUGCGUUUGAAGCCUGGGACGUUGAACGUGAGAAUGCAAGUAACAUACCAUUGCCAGAGGUGAAUCCAGAAAGUUACAGGCUCCGUGAACCAAUAUAUGUCAAUUACUCCUUCAACUCAUAAUAUUUUCAAUCAAAGAUCUGUGGAUGAGAUUGAACUUGUCCUGAUUUUGUUUUGCUGCUCUAGUUGGAAGAGGAACAUUGCAUAUUCAGGGUUCAGCUUUGAGGUGAAAUUAUAAAUUGUAUCCCAGCUUUUCCUGAUGUUUGUCAUUUUACUUGGCAUCAGACUGGUCAUGGAAGGCAUUGGUGUUCUUUCCACUGUGUGUGGAAGAAAUCUAGGUGGGGCAUCCCAGUUUCAAAUGGCUACUUUGGAGUUUGUUUCAGGAAGUCUACACUGAGCAGCCAGUUUGAGUUGAUGCUUGGAUUUAGUUAUGUCACUGCAAUUAAAAUGGAAUUUGGCUACUUUUCUCCCUGGUGACCCUGUCUAGAUUAACUUUUUGUUCAGUAGCCUGGACUUGAGUUUUGUGAAUUGAACAAGCAUCACCACCAUAUCUGUAAUGUAAUGAAACAGUACAAUAAUUAUCUAUCUGGCUUUAUAUUUGUGGCUAUAAUCCCAUCGGAAAAGGGACCACAGCCAUUUGUGCAUGGCUGAGCAAAAAGGUUUGUUGACCAAUGCAUCUAAAAGUCAAUAUUGAUAUACGUCUUGAAUUCCACGCUUCUACUUGAAGGCACUGGUGGUAGUUAGUCAGCAUCAUCUGCACUUGAGUCUGCUUAAACACCAUUCCAAGGAGACUGAAGCAUUGCACUCCAGACUUGAUCACUCUGAACUAAGAUUGAAGUAUUUCUGUGUGUGGUUAUGUAGUCAAUAAACAGAGGACUGUAUUGUUUUGUAUCUCAUCUUGUGCCAAUUUGAGUUCCAAUGUAACUAACUUGCAAAAUAUAAUCUGAUCAUGUGAUACUUUACAGGUGUGGACAUUUUCACCCUUGUUUGUUUUCAAAUAUUUGUAGUGAAAGUUGACUUGGUUUGCAUGGUCCUCAUUUGCUCAUGGGAUCUGGUUUGGCUUUAAAUCUCUUGUCCCAUUGUCUCUUGGCUCUGAUUUACAUAAUCUUUCAUGAAAGUAGUCUAAUUGGGAUGUAUAGGAACAAACAAGUACUCACAAAUUCUGGGCAUCUUUUGUGGGAAAUGCUACAAUGGAGAAUAUUUGCUUGCAUUUAGGAUGGUAACAAACUUUUUUGGCCCUCUUCUUUAAAAUUGGGAACCUAUGACUGACUGUCAAUCACCUUCACAACUUUGUUUCAUGUUUUAAAUUUUUGUGCACCGGGAUAGACUUUGUUUUAAUAUAGGUGAGUCACUUGUCUCAAUCACUGGAAAAACAAGGCUCCCAGAAGAAAUGGGAUCCCAUCCUGAUGUGUCAUAUUUAAGAUACCUGGCAGUAGCUUAAGCCCUUUUGAGCAGGAAGUUUAACUGAAGCAUGUCUUGUAACAAACUUCAAACCUGUUGACUGAAGCUGAACAGUUCUGGUGCUGGUCUCUGACUGUGUAGUCCUGACCCAGAAAGUUACACUUCAAAAUACCCAUUCUUUUGGUGGCUAACUGCAUGUGUGCCUUCAUUGUCUGUCUGGUUUGAUUACUUUCAUCAGUGACAGGAUUCUGUUAUCCAAGUUAAUGAAGGUUGUGGUUUCCAAUUUUUAUAAUUGGAUAUAAGCCAGAUGCAAUGACUUCUCAAAGUGGAGAGGUCAAGUUCUCCUUUUCCAAGAAGUGAGUAUGCAGGUGGCUGAGUGACUUUUUACAGUUUUCUCAAAAGGGUGUCUCAUUUUGGGUGUGGGGUGUAGAGUAAUGGAAAAGCUGCCAUUUGUAGCAAGAUAUCAAUGCAAUUUAAAUUUUGUUCACAUGCAUGCCAAAUGCAACAGUUGCUUUUUUGCAUUCAGUGACUUAUAGCUGACCUAUUGUAAUUUCACCAGUAAAAUGUGACUUAUUAUAGAAGUUUAAACAAAAAUAUACUUGUACAAAAGCCCGCGGAGACAAAUCUCCAGUGACUUUUUUGUAAAUUUUUAAUAAAGAUUUUUUGUUUGUUU